UGACACAACAAAUUCGGUUUUUUUGCUUGAUUGUAUUACACAAUCUUUUGUUACUUUGAUUCUCGCAUCUCGGUCGAAUGCGCUAUUGCGACGCAGGAGUUGCUAUUGGAGGUGGGUGGCAGGCCCUAGUUGCAUACAUUAAUCUCUGUUGCUAUUAUAUAUUUGGGCUUCCUCUCGGAUUCUUUCUUGGCUUUGUGUUACACUGGGGACUCCAGGGGAUCUGGGCCGGCAUGCUCUGCGGAACUGCGCUACAGACCUGGAUUCUGCUAUAUAUGAUUUGGAAAACUGAUUGGGAAGCUGAGGCUGCUAAAGCAUCUGAGCGCUUACAAUUGUGGGGUGGAGAAGAAAGAUGAAGCGAGCAAAGAAACGAGUCUACUUAGCUGAAAAGUUCUUUGGGGAAAUUGAGCUGAAUUUUUAUGUCCCCUACCAUUAUUAGGUAUAAAUUCAUGUGUUGAGUACAUUACUCGAGGAAAAAGGAUAUGUAAAAUGUAGUUUAAUAUAAGCCGUAUAUAUGUUGCUUAGGCAAACUUAACUCACGUUUAAUGGAGACCGUACGAAGAGAAACAAUGCAGAAAGGAACGAGGUGCUUACUUUCUCCUAUUUAGUAUUUGGGAAAGUUUUCAGUUAAUUUUUUCCCUUUUUUAUAAGUUUAUAAUUGUGCUCAUUUCCAUAGAGAAGAUGAAAACAAAAAUGGAGAACACAGAGAAUUGCUGAUACUAAGUGCAAUUUAUAGGGGAUUGUUACUGUAUAGAUUUUUUUUUUCUUUUUUC